AAUUGCGCCUGUGCAAAAUGAAUUUCGCUGACGUGUAGGGGCAACUAGGAUUGAUGUGUCGCGCACUUUUUGGUGCCGAAUUGUUUGGAUACGAGGACGUGACCUGUGAAGAGAAGAGCUCUGCAGAUGAUCCGGCUCAUGGUCAAAAACCUCCUGAACAUCUGGGUCAGGAAAAAGAUGAGUGUGGAAGUGGAAAGAAAAUUUGUGUGCAAUGCUGACACUCUGAAAACUCUGGAGGAGAUCGGGGUGUGUGUUGGUCAACACCAGUUUUGUGACCAGUACUUUGACACCUCAAAGUUUGACUUGACUUUGAAAGACAUUUGGCUGCGUAAACGUACAGGAUGCUGCGAGCUCAAGUGCCCAGUGGCAGUCAACGGGACAGAAGAGAAGUCUGGAGAACAAUCUAAAGCGGCAGCACUGUGUUCCCGCUACAAGGAGAUAACCAAUCUGCCUGAAAUUCAGCUGAGAGUGAAAGAGGUCAUUAAAGCUGUUUGUGAGGAUGGAGAGACAGAGACAAGCCCCCCACAGGAGGAUGAGUCUUGGCUGAGCAAAAUGAAUCUGAUGUGCUUCGCAGAAUAUACAACAGUGCGGCGGUCAUUCACUUUAGAGGAGGAGGGGGUGAAGAUAGAUCUCGACCAAGCUGACUUUGGCUACCAUGUGGGAGAGAUAGAGGUCCUGGUUCCAGAGGGAGGAGAUAUGCAGUCUGCCUUGGGGAAGAUUGAAAGAACGGCUAGGAAACUGGGUCUGACUGGAGAUCAGCAAGUUGAAGGAAAAAUGCAUGUUUACCUUAAAAAAAAAAACCCAGAACACUAUGCAAAGCUACUGAGUGCACUUGUUUUGUAAGACAUAUUAUACAUGAUCUCUAACUGUUAGGAUUAAAGCUGGGGUAGGCAGAAUGUUUUCUCUCCAUCUCUGAAAUUCUUUGCCAAUAUUAACAUGAGUUUUAUUUUGUUUAUUGUCAGACUCUUUUUGAUAAGUUUAUCAUCCUGAUGGGUUGCUUUGCAGUGUUUGCAGUUGUUGCCAAUGCUGAAAUAGCAUCUUUCUCUGCAGGAGGAUUCUCCGUCAUUGAAACAGGGUUUCACCAAAGGGAUGUGCAUAGCACACUCAUCUACAUUUGUAAACAGCAGAAAGGAACGCCCUCUCUCUGACAGACAGUUGAGCUAUCCAAUCAUUCAUUCAACCCAAAUGAAAUGAUUGGAUGGCCAUAUUACAAGCCUGCGACUUUUUCUUUUUUUUCUCAUUUCAUUUAUUGAUUGCUGUCGGGAUGUAAAGAGAGUUUUAAAGAAUGUGAAAAAAAGCUUCUAAAAUAAGUUGCUUUUAAGAUGUACAUAAUCAUAUCUACAAUACUGAGGUAUUGUUUAUUAGAAUCCUAAUUUUAUUAAAAUUUAGAAAAUUUAAAAAGACUAAUUCACUGACUUCACACUGUAUUCACUGCACAGACCUGAAUCUCUCAAGACAUUCCCUGAAUUAGUUAGCCUACUUUAGAAAACAGCAAUAGGCCCUUAGAAUUUACACUUGCAGGAUGCUCAACGGCUGCGUCCUAUACAUAUGGGGCGAGUGAGAUGAAGUGUGAAUACUGGAAGUAAAUUGGGUACCAUACUCUAAGUUAACUAUUACUGAUGAUUGUUUGUUGUGUGUUGUAUUAAAAAGACGAUGAUUAAACAUCUUAGACACUC